AUGCUGGUAAUCACUUCGUUCGACUUGAGAACUUCCACCAUUCCUGUCCAGAAGUUCUUCUCCUUUGCGACCUCCUCUUUCAGCCGAAGACUGCUGUUUUUCAGGUUCUUGGACGCACGCUCCAAACUCUCAAGUUUCCAGCCGCGGCCAACUCUGGAGAUGUCGAACUGUAACUUUUCAGUAUCCUCAGGAGGUUCCACUUUAUCGCUAGACAACGAUCCAAUCUUAAUAUGUUGUUUCAAAUGCGGCGACAUCGACGACGACCCGGCCGCUGGACGAACACACGAUAUCAGCAAAGAAACAAAGUCCAACGACAACGAGGACUCGUUUAAGGCUGAAUGGACAGAAUUGAUGAUGGUUUCUUUCUGUUUCAAGAAAUCCUCCUGGGAAAUGAAAUUCUCCGAGCUGAACUCCUGCUCCUUUUCUGUCUCUUGCUCCUUCUUCUUGACGGUCUCCUCAGAGCCAGAUUGUUGGGCUUCAAUCUCCUGUUGA